AUGGAUUCAGAAAAGGCUCCUCACCCCAGCUCCUCCCCCAGCUCCUCCCCCCAGCUCCUCCCCCCAGAGCCUCCCCCCAGCUCCUCCCCCCAGCUCCUCCCCCCAGCUCCUCCCCCCAGAGCCUCCCCCCAGAGCCUCCCCCCAGCUCCUCCCCCCAGCUCCUCCCCCCAAGCCUCCCCCCAGCUCCUCCCCCCAGCUCCUCCCCCCAGCUCCUCCCCCCAGCUCCUCCCCCCAGAGCCUCCCCCCAGCUCCUCCCCCCAGCUCCUCCCCCCAGAGCCUCCCCCCAGCUCCUCCCCCCAGCUCCUCACCCCAGCUCCUCUCCCCAGCUCCUCCCCCCAGAGCCUCCCCCCAGAGCCUCCCCCCAGCUCCUCCCCCCAGCUCCUCCCCCCAGAGCCUCCCCCCAGCUCCUGCAGGAGGAUCAAGGAGAUGAUGGAGUGUGUGUAUGAGAAGUUCCUGUCCCCAGAAGACCCGUGUCCCCUGCUCUCACAGAGGACAAACCUCAGCGAUGUGGGGACUCUGUACGGGAGCGACUUUGGCUUCCAGCUGUCAUCCUGUCACCGCACAGACCCACUGCACCGGCUACACAACAGAUGGAACCUGACGUCGUGUGGUACCAGCGUGGCGUCCUCAGACUGCAGUGAGGAGUUGUUAUCGUCAGUGUCUGUGGGGGACCAGGAGGACUGCUUCUCUCUUUUGGACGAUCAGGAUCUGACCCUGGACCUGUUUCCUGAGGGCAGUGUGUGCAGUGAUGUGUCCUCCUCCAUCUCCACCUACUGGGACUGGUCCGACAGCGAGUUCGAAUGGCAGCUUCCUGGCAGUGACGUGGCCAGUGGCAGUGACGUCCUCUCUGACAUCAUUCCCAGCGUUCCCAGUUCUCCUUGUCUCUUCACCAAACGCAAACCCAAGAGUCAGACGCACCGCAACCUGGACGAGCUUCCUUGGAGCGCCAUGAGCAACGACGAGCAGGUGGAGUACAUAGAGUACCUGAGUCGUAAGGUGAGCACAGAGAUGGGUCUGAGGGAGCAGUUGGACAUCAUCAAGAUCAUUGACCCCAGCGCUCACAUCUCCCCCACAGACAGUGAGUUCAUCAUCGAACUCAACUGUCUGACUGACGACAAGCUCAAGCAGGUGCGUAGCUACAUCAGGGAGCACAGACACAGAAGCAGAGAGAGCUUCAAAAGGAGCAGCCACAGUUCACACAGCAGCAACGGAAGCAUCACCAGCACCACCAGCUCCUCCACCGGCUCUGCUGCCUCUAUCACAGGUAUCACAGGUACACACACAGGUACACCAGCUCCUCCACCGGCUCUGCUGCCUCUAUCACAGGUAUCACAGGUACACACACAGGUACACCAGCUCCUCCACCGGCUCUGCUGCCUGUAUCACAGGUACACCAGCUCCUCCACCGGCUCUGCUGCCUCUAUCACAGGUAUCACAGGUACACACACAGGUACACCAGCUCCUCCACCGGCUCUGCUGCCUCUAUCACAGGUACACCAGCUCCUCCACCGGCUCUGCUGCCUCUAUCACAUGUAUCACAGGUACACACACAGGUACACCAGCUCCUCCACCGGCUCUGCUGCCUCUAUCACAGGUACACCAGCUCCUCCACCGGCUCUGCUGCCUCUAUCACAGGUACACCAGCUCCUCCACCGGCUCUGCUGCCUCUAUCACAGGUAUCACAGGUACACACACAGGUACACCAGCUCCUCCACCGGCUCUGCUGCCUCUAUCACAGGUAUCACAGGUACACACACAGGUACAUCAGCUCCUCCACCGGCUCUGCUGCCUCUAUCACAGGUACACACACAGGUACACCAGCUCCUCCACCGGCUCUGCUGCCUCUAUCACAGGUACACCAGCUCCUCCACCGGCUCUGCUGCCUAUCACAGGUACACCAGCUCCUCCACCGGCUCUGCUGCCUCUAUCACAGGUAUCACAGGUACACACACAGGUACACCAGCUCUGCUGCCUCUAUCACAGGUACACCAGCUCCUCCACCGGCUCUGCUGCCUGUAUCACAGGUACACACACAGGUACACCAGCUCCUCCACCGGCUCUGCUGCCUCUAUCACAGGUAUCACAGGUACACACACAGGUACACCAGCUCCUCCACCGGCUCUGCUGCCUCUAUCACAGGUAUCACAGGUACACACACAGGUACACCAGCUCCUCCACCGGCGCUCCUCCACCGGCUCUGCUGCCUCUAUCACAGGUACACCAGCUCCUCCACCGGCUCUGCUGCCUCUAUCACAGGUACACACACAGGUACACCAGCUCCUCCACCGGCUCUGCUGCCUCUAUCACAGGUAUCACAGGUACACACACAGGUACACCAGCUCCUCCACAGGCUCUGCUGCCUCUAUCACAGGUACACACACAGGUACACCAGCUCCUCCACCGGCUCUGCUGCCUCUAUCACAGGUACACACACAGGUACACCAGCUCUGCUGCCUCUAUCACAGGUACACCAGCUCCUCCACCGGCUCUGCUGCCUGUAUCACAGGUACACACACAGGUACACCAGCUCUGCUGCCUCUAUCACAGGUACACCAGCUCCUCCACCGGCUCUGCUGCCUCUAUCACAGGUAUCACAGGUACACACACAGGUACACCAGCUCCUCCACCGGCUCUGCUGCCUCUAUCACAGGUAUCACAGGUACACACACAGGUACACCAGCUCCUCCACCGGCUCUGCUGCCUGUAUCACAGGUACACCAGCUCCUCCACCGGCUCUGCUGCCUCUAUCACAGGUACACCAGCUCCUCCACCGGCUCUGCUGCCUCUAUCACAGGUAUCACAGGUACACCAGCUCCUCCACCGGCUCUGCUGCCUCUAUCACAGGUACACCAGCUCCUCCACCGGCUCUGCUGCCUCUAUCACAGGUAUCACAGGUACACACACAGGUACACCAGCUCCUCCACCGGCUCUGCUGCCUCUAUCACAGGUAUCACAGGUACACACACAGGUACACCAGCUCCUCCACCGGCUCUGCUGCCUCUAUCACAGGUAUCACAGGUACACACACAGGUACACCAGCUCCUCCACCGGCGUCUCUGCCUCUAUCACAGGUAUCACAGGUACACACACAGGUACACCAGCUCCUCCACCGGCUCUGCUGCCUCUAUCACAGGCCCCGCCUCUGUCGGCAGCAGCAGCAGUGUGGCUAACAUCAGCAGAGCUCACAGUGAUGGGAACCUGUCCAGUGCAGCAGAGCGGAUCCGGGACUCAAAGAAGCGGUCGAAGCAGAGGAAGCUGCAGCAGAAAGCGUUCAGGAAGCGACAGCUGAAGGAGCAGCGACAGAUGAGGAAGGAGCAGCUCAGUGGACUCUUCCUCAACGAGGAGGUGCUGUCGCUACGGGCAACAGAGGACGACCACAGCGAUGACCUGGACAUCAUGUGA